CCUCACAGAUCACUUUCUCUCUCCUCACUGUUUUUCUUUCUCUUUCAUAGCUUCAGUGACGGAAAUGGGCGCAUUGCUCGUCGGAGGGAAACCUGGUUUCUGAGGGAUACCUCGCUUCGCGAUCUGAUUUGUGUCGUGGAGGUUUGGGAGAGAGAGAGAGAGAGAGAGAGAGAGAGAGAGGGAGGGACGGUGACAGAGACUUGCUGUAUGUCAGUGGAUUGUAGUGAGAGCUACUACGGAGGAUUUGGAGAACUCGCGAACCCCUUACAAUGGCCCCAGCUACGGAAAAGGCGACGCCCUGCUGCGCCGGCGGUGACGAUUCUGUUGUCGCUCAGGCGGCUCCGCCGUCUUCCGCCAUUCGGCGGGACGCCGCGGGCGGCGUCGUGCAGGACUGGGUCAUCUCCGGUGGCGAUCGCCGCGUUGACGAUCUGCCGCCGAAAAAAGCUGCCAUGGCUACCUUGAUUCGUCCUGUCGAUACUCUGCCUGCCGAACCUUCAUCAGGUGCUUCCAUCAAAGGCAUCCAGCUCAUGCAGAGGGCUCAAACCAGUCAUCCUCUGGACCCAUUAUCUGCUGCUGAAAUAUCAGUUGCUGUGGCAACUGUCAGGGCAGCUGGAGCCACUCCUGAGUUGAGAGAUGGCAUGCGGUUUGUAGAAGUUGUUCUAUAUGAACCAGAUAAGCAUGUUGUUGCAUUGGCAGAUGCAUACUUCUUCCCCCCUUUCCAACCAUCAUUACUUCCCAGGACAAAAGGUGGACCUGUAAUCCCUACUAAGCUCCCUCCUAGGCGAGCUAGGCUUGUUGUUUAUAAUAAGAAAUCAAAUGAGACAAGUGUAUGGAUGGUUGAGCUCUCAGAAGUACACGCAGCAACUCGAGGUGGGCAUCACCGGGGAAGAGUCAUUUCUUCACAAGUUAUUCAGGAUGUACAGCCUCCCAUGGAUGCUGUGGAAUACGCUGAAUGUGAAGCUGUUGUGAAGGAAUAUCCUGCAUUCAUAGAGGCAAUGAAGAAGAGGGGUAUUGAGGAUAUGGAUCUUGUGAUGGUUGAUGCCUGGUGUGUUGGAUAUUAUAGUGAUGCUGAUUCUCCCAGCCGACGACUUGCUAAACCACUUAUAUUCUGUAGAACAGAAAGUGAUAGCCCAAUGGAAAAUGGUUAUGCACGCCCAGUCGAAGGCAUCUACAUAGUUGUUGAUAUGCAAAAUAUGGUGGUGGUUGAAUUUGAAGAUCGUAAGCUUGUGCCCCUUCCUCCAGCUGAUCCAUUGAGGAACUAUACUCCUGGUGAAACAAGAGGUGGGCUUGAUCGUAGUGAUAUAAAACCCCUUCAAAUUGUUCAGCCAGAAGGUCCAAGCUUUCGAGUUAAUGGGCACUAUGUAGAGUGGCAGAAGUGGAAUUUUCGUAUUGGAUUCACUCCCAGGGAGGGGUUGGUUAUACAUUCUGUUGCAUAUGUGGAUGGUAGUCGUGGUCGAAGACCUGUGGCCCAUAGGUUGAGUUUCGUUGAGAUGGUUGUGCCCUAUGGAGAUCCAAAUGAUCCACAUUACAGGAAAAAUGCAUUUGAUGCAGGUGAAGAUGGCCUUGGAAAAAAUGCAAAUUCUCUGAAGAAGGGAUGUGAUUGUUUAGGUUAUAUCAAGUACUUCGAUGCCCAUUUUACAAAUUUCACUGGAGGUGUUGAAACAAUUGAAAAUUGUGUUUGUUUGCAUGAAGAAGAUCAUGGAAUCCUAUGGAAACAUCAAGACUGGAGAACAGGUUUAUCAGAAGUUCGUAGGUCCAGACGGCUAACUGUUUCGUUUAUAUGUACUGUGGCUAAUUAUGAGUAUGGUUUCUUCUGGCACUUUUAUCAGGAUGGAAAAAUUGAAGCUGAAGUGAAGCUUACUGGAAUUCUCAGCUUAGGUGCAUUGCAACCUGGAGAAGUUCGAAAAUAUGGUACAACAAUUGCACCCGGAUUAUAUGCCCCAGUUCAUCAACACUUCUUUGUGGCUCGUUUAGACAUGGCUGUUGAUUGUAAACCUGGAGAAGCAUACAAUCAGGUUGUUGAGGUUAAUGUUAAAGUUGAAGAACCUGGAAAGAAUAAUGUUCACAAUAAUGCAUUCUAUGCUGAGGAGACGCUGCUCAAAUCUGAGACGCAAGCCAUGCGGGACUGUAAUCCACUGUCUGCUCGCCACUGGAUUAUUCGGAAUACAAGGACUGUUAAUAGAACUGGACAAUUAACGGGAUACAGACUAGUACCUGGUUCAAACUGUUCACCCUUAGCUGGUCCUGAUGCUAUGUUUUUGAGAAGAGCUGCUUUCUUGAAGCAUAACCUUUGGGUAACGCCAUUUGCACGCAAUGAGACUUUUCCUGGGGGAGAGUUUCCUAAUCAGAAUCCCCGUGUUGGUGAGGGACUGGCCACUUGGGUUAAGCAGAAUCGAUCUCUGGAAGAAACUGAUAUUGUUCUUUGGUAUGUGUUUGGAAUAACACAUGUUCCUCGGUUGGAAGACUGGCCUGUCAUGCCAGUGGAGCGCCUUGGUUUUAUGCUUAUGCCACAUGGGUUCUUCAACUCAUCUCCAGCAGUUGAUGUUCCACCCAGCUCAUGUGAAUUUGAUGCCAAAGACGGUGAUAUCAAAGAUAAUGGCCUAUCCAAGCCAGUUCAGAUGGCAAAACUUUGAAGCAAGGGAUGUUGCUGCUUUGAACUCAUUAUGGCUUCACCGCAGGGAGAAACUCAAAAAUCCAUUGUGCAUGGAUGAGGAUCAAUUUUUUUUUUUUUUUUUCAGUGUGUUUCUGUAGUUUGUAAUAAAUAAUGAACUCUUUGUUGGGUGGUUUUGUUACCAUUUUAUGAUUGUGGUGAACUCUCUUUUUUCUUGGUGAUGGAGAUUGCGUACCAUUUAAUGCUUGUA